AUGGCAUUGCGGUGGUCUUUGUGUUUGUUCUUCAUGUGCAUUUGCUUUAAAGUUACCCCAACAGAAGCUUCAUCUUGGAGCGCCACUGUGCCAUCCUCAGUGAAAGGUCUUCUUGGCGCAUGUGUGGUGAUCCCCUGCUCUUAUAACUACCCAGAUCCACAAAUCAGUACCACAAGCUUUACAGGCAUUUGGUAUAAUAACAAUAAUCAAGUCAUCUGUCAUUCGGAUAAGUCUCAAACUUCGGGUCAGUUUCGGAAUAGGACAAAGCUGCUGGGAGACCUCAGCAAGAAGAACUGUUCUCUGAUGAUUGAUGAUCUUCAACAAAGUGAUGUGGGGCCUUUAUAUUUCCGGAUUGAAAUUAAAGGUUAUGACCAGUACUCCUACAAAAAUAACAAAGUCUCUGUUUCAGUCAGUCAACCUGUUUUCUCUGUGCAAGAGGUAAAGGAGGGUGAGAAUGUGUCUGCAUCCUGCUCUGUGUUUCACUCCUGCCCCACAUAUCCACCUUCUUUCAUCUGGAGUCACUCUGGAGAGCAGCAUGAUCAAACACAGCAGCUUCAUGAAGGCCAGUGGAAUUCAACAUCUACUCUGACCUUUCGCCCAAACCACUCUGAUCACAACAAGCCUUUAAAAUGCAACAUAACAUACCAUCGAGGGCUGCACCUGGAAACAUCUAAGAUACUUCAAGUAAGAUUUCUCACAGAUGGCCCUGACAUCAAGCCUUCCUCAAAGUGCUCCUCCGAGGACGGCGUGGUAAAGUGUGAGUGCAUCGUAGAGUCUGAGCCUCCCAGCAUGGUCUAUUUUAUUCUUGGUGACAGAGUCAUGCAAAGCAGCAAAGCAGAGAAAAAUGGCUCUGUUACUAUUGAGACUCUGCAGACAGACUUUGGGUCUUUCAGGUUUGUGCACUGCCUGGCAAACAACAUGCUGGGAUAUGACAACAUCUUGCUCUCUUUACCUGUUAAUGACAACAUGCAGAAUAUUCUUAUCUCAACCGGAGCAGGUGUGAUUUUGCUGAUUAUUUUGAUAGGAAGUGGAGUGGGAGUUGUUAAAAAAUGGUAA